GCUCCUUCUUAGCGAAUUACCACAUCUUCUUUUUGUUCUCCAAACGGAUAUUUUUCAACAGGCAUUCAUCGGGCUUCUUCGCCAAAGGAUCUUUGAUAUCUAACCAUGGCGCCUCAAGGCUCUGAGCUCGACCCUCCCGAUGUCGAUAUGGUUCAUGACGAGGAAGACGACCAAGAGGAACGUCUCAUCAAUGAGGAGUACAAAACAUGGAAGAAAAACAGUCCAUUCUUAUACGACAUGAUUCUUGGAACGGCCCUGACUUGGCCAACUCUAACAGUCCAAUGGUUUCCUGACGUCAAAGAGCCAGAGGGCAAAAACUAUCGCAUGCACCGUCUCUUGCUCGGAACCCACACCUCUGACGGCAGCGCCAACUUGCUCCAAAUCGCCGAUGUCCAGAUACCCAAAGCUGUAGUACCGAACCCUGACGACUAUGACGAGGAACGAGGCGAGAUUGGAGGCUACGGAAAGGCAGGCGAUGUUGCUGCCCUCAAGUGCGAUAUUGUACAAAGAAUUGAGCAUCCGGGAGAGGUCAACAAGGCUCGCUAUCAGCCUCAAAACCCAGACAUCAUCGCCACUCUUGGUGUUGAUGGCAGAAUUCUCAUCUUUGAUCGGACAAAGCACCCCUUACAACCCGCAUCGCUAGGCAAAGUGAACGCACAGAUUGAAUUAAUCGGCCAUAAGGAGGAAGGUUUUGGCCUCAAUUGGAAUCCCCAUGAGGAAGGAUGCCUCGCUUCAGGCAGUGAGGAUACGACCAUGUGUUUGUGGGAUUUGAAGCUUCUUGAAGCCGACUCAAGGAUAUUGCAACCUACUCGCAGAUAUACUCAUCACGCCCGAAUUGUCAACGACGUUCAAUACCACCCUAUUUCUAAGAACUUCAUCGGCUCCGUAUCGGACGACCAGACCCUGCAAAUCGUGGAUGUGCGACAGAGCGAGAUGCAUAAGGCUGCUGUUGUCGCAAAGCAAGGCCAUUUGGAUGCCAUCAAUGCGCUAGCAUUUAAUCCAAAGUCUGAAGUCCUUGUGGCCACAGCUUCCGCCGAUAAGACGAUCGGAAUCUGGGAUCUACGAAAUGUGAAGGAGAAGGUGCACACCCUCGAGGGCCAUAAUGACGCGGUAACAUCCCUCGCCUGGCAUCCCACCGAAGCCGGCAUCUUGGGAAGUGGCAGUUAUGACCGGAGAAUUAUCUUCUGGGACUUGUCUCGCGUCGGUGAGGAACAACUUCCCGAUGACCAGGACGACGGCCCUCCUGAGCUGCUAUUCAUGCAUGGCGGCCAUACAAACCACUUGGCCGACUUCAGCUGGAACCCCAAUGAGCCUUGGUUGGUUGCCAGUGCCGCCGAGGACAACCUGCUACAAAUUUGGAAAGUUGCGGAAUCUAUUGUUGGAAAAGAUGAUGGCGACUUGCCAGUUGAUGAGCUUGACCGAUAGAUGAGGUGGAAGUUCUGGGAGAAGAGUCGGUCUUCAUAGGAUGAAGGCGAAGAAGGGGGGAUGCGGGAGUUCAUGCAACUUCUCGAUUGGAGGGCUAGGUCUAAGACGGUCCAAUCUAAUAGAAUCGAUUACGAGUCUGAUGACGCCGAGGGCAAAGACUCGCAUUGGACAACUAGAUCAAAUGGUAACGCCUCCUCAAAGGUCAGCGAAGGCGAAAACGCGGGUGUCAGGUCGAAAUCUGCAAGUAUCAAGGCAGAGUCUGGCGAAGAAAUGGAAAGCAAAUUGCCCAUAAAGGACGAUUAAGAAUUACAAAUACUUAUCAAGAGCAAAAGCUAUCCAACCGUACUAGUUAAUAUAGUUUGUCGAAAUUCUUG